AGGGGCCACGGCGGGCGGGCGGCGUGCGUGUCCCCGGUGCCAGCGUGGCGAGCAGAGGGCCAGUCUGACUGCCGAGUGUUGGUGAUUACAUCGACAGCGGCGGUACAGUUGCAUAGGUACAGAGUAGGUCCAGUUCGAGCACAGCUGCGCCGGCCCCGCCACCACCGUUGCGAUGUACGAGUGCCCGUUCGUGUCCGGCGAGGAGGGCGGACCCCAGCCGAGAGCGACCCCCUCCAAGGUGAAGCGAAGGUUCAGCCUCAGGAGAGGCCAGGCAGGCAGGGGCAAUGAGAACGCGGCGCCUGGUGCCACGGCGUUGUCAGGGUUCGGCAGUGCUGUCCCUCCGUGGCUCCAGAGCUUGGAGACGCCGCCGAAGCGAAAGGAAUCCUUCAGCUCGGGCGUGAGAAGGAAGUCCCUGCGACUUGUGGCUCUGUCCUUUCGGCAGGCGUCGGGGCAGAAGGCCAAAAGGGAUCCCCCCCCGCCUUCGGACGCUCCGUCGGUGUUCGAGCGCGAGUGCCUCAACAACCUCUCGCCCAACGACCCCGAGUUCGUGCGGCGGACGUCCAUGCGCUGGCGGAGGAAGACCGGGCUCGCCGCCCCGCCGCAGGGCGCGCUCUAUCGAGUGCCUCCCGCGCACGGCUGCCUUCUCGAAGUCCCUCUCGUGUCCUCUUACGGCGCCAAGUUCGAGUGGCCGACGCACCCCAGCCAGCAGCCCGCCGUCCACAAGCGCGUGUCGGUCCCUCAGAGGACCCACGACGUCCCCGUGGCCCUGGUGGCGCCGUCCCUCCCGCCGCACCACCUCCCCUUCGGCGCCCACGCCGCCCAGCGCCGCGACCUCCUCAUGAGAUCACAGCGCCGACACUCCGCGUCGGGGAUUGCCCAGCGAUCCCUGCAGUCGAGUCCCAAACCCUGCGGGAGGGAUCCUGCGGAGAGACUUCAGAAGAGAAGCCUUCAACCGUCGCGAGGAUGUCCUUCCUUCGCGAGGGACAGGAAGGGCGCGCCGACGUGUAGAAGAGACGUGAGGAGGACUUCCUUGCGUUGCGGCGACGACACCGUGACUGAAGGGUUUUUGAAGUUGCUGAAGGAUGUAAGGCACAGAAAAGCGCACAAGGGAAGCAAAAAAAGCGAAAAUCCACAUGAGAAAAACCUCGAAGUCGACCAUUUACUCACGACUACGACCACGCCGCUGCGCCGCCUAAGUCACAGGCUUCGCAAGUCCUUCGGAAGUCAUAAGCGAGACAGCGACGUGUGGUCCCAGAGUGACCUGUCGUCGACUAGCGACCUGUCUUCCACAUCCUCAAGAUCCUGUCACAGCUUUUUAUCCGCCACACUCUCGUCCUCGUCGUCCUGUCGAAGUGACCUGUCCUUCAGGAGUGACCUGACUUCCUCUUCCUUCUCCUCGUCGCCCUCCUCCGUCUUUUCCUCCUCGUCCUCCUGCCACAGCGACAUGUCUGCGCUGUCGUCGUCGUCAUCGUCUUCCCGACUCGGCUUCCAUGAGAUCUUCGUUGCCGAAACUGAGGUCGCUGAAACGUUUGCGAUCAUGUUCCCGUCGGAGCCGCGGCCGGAGUGGCACAGGCACCUCCGGCAGGUGCUUCACAAGGCGGGCCAGAAGAUCUUCAAGAAGCCGGAACACCACGAUACUCAUAUCCCCGAGAAUUUAAGAUACCAGCUCAAGCAAAUAUACGUGUACUAGCUGUUGUCUCGCGUCUACUAGGAGAGUUGUGCCUUCCGUGUCCCAGGGAGGGUCUGCUAGCUGAUCUCCGUCUGCUAGGAGAGUCGCGUCUGCUGGCGGAGGGGGCGGCGGCUCAUGAGAGGCUGCCUUCCCCCGCUCGUCUGCCGGGAGAUGGCCUUCUGCAGGGAGGCCCGGAAGCUUCUGGCAGGUCGGCUGCGCCCUCCUGCGUCAUUUGUUCAUCUUCAGUGUCAUCAUUGUCAUUCUCGUCUUCUCCUUUGUUCUCCUCUCAUUCUCCUUUCUCCUCUACUUUUUGUUCUUUUUCUUUUUAUUAUUCUUAUUAUUCUUUUUCUUCUUCCUCCUCCAUCUCCUCGACGCCAAUCCCACCAGCGAGUCUUUCAGGCCUUUUCUCCAUCUCUCUCUGCAUCAUUCCAUUUCCUUCUUGCUUCUCCACCUCUCCUUUCAUUUUCUCUCCGCCAUCCCUCCCCUUCGCAUUAAUUUAUCCAAAUGAAUAUUUAUCAGACAAAUUGAUUAUUUAUCAUCCAUCUGUUCGGAAAAAAAGGAAGAUAAAAAACGCAAAAUGUGUGAAUAGGUUUUUUUUUCCUUCGAUACUAUGGAAUCAUCAGCGUUUGUGCAUUUAGUCAUUUUGUUUCGUCAGUUCUGUGCUGAAAGGGCUUUUGUAAAGAAAGAUUGUUAUUAUUUAUAUCCUCCCGUGUUAUGCUUUCCUUUCCAAACGUAGGCCUGUGUAUUUGCUUCCUGUGUUUGUUUUAUUUGUUUUUGCCCUAAUGUAAAGGCAAAAAGCAAAAUAUAAACAUGACACACAAAAAAUACCAAAGCCUAUUUAUUUCUCACCUGAAACUUCAUACAAUCAUCCAUAUAUACACGUGUGUGUACAUACAUAUGCAUAUACACACACAGAUGUGUAUAUAUAAAUCUGACACUGGUUUUCCGAAAGCCUCGUGGACACAACAGCUAGAAAACUGUAUCUGUGCUUGGGGUAGACAUAUUUUCAGAUAUCAGAUGACCUGCACACUCACUCUUUCUCUCUCUCUCUUUAAUUCCCUUUCCAUUGCAGUCAUCAGAUGUGUGAUAGAUGCUUACUGUGUUAUUCAAGGCGAUCAUCCAGCGUGCACCACGGCAAAAACCCAACAUUUGAUUUCGUAUUAGUUGUGUUUCCCCUCCUUAGCGAGAAGAAAAGAAAACGGUGAUUGUUUUGUUGGUCCGUGUGUGCAGCCGCGGAUGGUUGCCUUCCUCAGGGAUUCAUUUUGUAUAUGUCUAUUUCACGGCUGUUUUUCUUCCCCGUCUUUAUUCCCGUUCUGCGUGACGGAAGUGGGGAAAACAGCGAUAUCAUUGUAAAUUUACUCAUCGAUGGAUAAAGAGUUUAUAAAAUGGUUUUUAGUCUUCAACGCAAUGCCUGCGCUUUUUAUUCCUGGUCGAUUUUUUAACAAACUGUAUCCGAUUUCUUGGCUUUGUCCAGAGCCUUGUGUGGUUGCCAGCAUUUUUUUUUUAUAAUGUCUGUUAAUCUCAUCUGAUGUUGAUUAAUCUCUUUAUCAUGACAGUGACGCUAUCGAUGGUUUGGUGAAACAGCCUACGGUAGAUCUUUUGACGUGAAUGUCUUACAAAGGUUUCAACAUGUGAUACGAAGCCUGAAAUAAGGGAAUUUGAGGAAAGUUGACGCCGUUUUCCGAUAUAUAUUUUUUUUUCUUUUUUUUGUGAAAAUGGAGAUGAAUUUGAAAAUCACUAGGAAUUCAAAAUGAAUAUUGAAUCAAUGACAAAAAUUAAUAGUAUUAAGAAAUAUUAAAUUAAUAAGUUCAUUACUAAAAAUUAUCAUGACCAAAAUUGAGGAAAAUACAAAAUGUUGGUUCAUGAAAUUCGAUGUGUUAUAUGUAACAAAAACUGUUAAAUUAAUAUUAAUGUAUUUUUGAAAUUAUUUAUAAACUAAUCAUAUGGAGCCAGUGAAUUGUAGAUCAUAAGGAAAAAUGUUUUUUAACGAUUUUUAGUUUUGUCUUUCAGUCUAUUUUCUGCAAUAGUUACCAUGUUCUAAAAUUUUAGAUGCUAUUCCAAAAUAUUUAAUUUUUUUCUCCUUUCGUGGAUUUUAAAAAUUCAUUGGUCAUUUAUUUGCAAUGUUCCAAAUUAUUUUAUUUUUUCCCCCCUAUUUGUCUUCUGAGUUUUCCUAUAUUUUUUCUUCCUUUUCCCUUCAAGAAAUACACUAAUCAAAAGAGAUAAUCAUGUUACAUUCAACUUUGCAAGACGUAUAAUCAUUAUUGCAGACGAUAUGCAUUGCGUCAUCCAGUCUCGUGACGUCACCACGGCCUGCCCUGGUAACGAAUGUCUGUCUGCGCAAUAAUGUCGCUCAAAAUACCAAUAGGUUCAGUAAUACAGUAAUUCACACUCCCCGCGCGUUCACAAGCAAGCGCUGAUCAUAAGCAUGCCGUGGCUUGCGUUCACAAACACGGUGAUCGCUAAGCUUGCCGCGUUCACAGGCUCGACCCUCAUGCGUGAGUGCGUUCGUUUUGUCUCGUCAUCCCUGGGCAUUAUCACUACAAGCUGCAUUUAAGUACCCAGGCUCUCCUUGACUAUCCCGCGCAUUAUAUCCCUCUCACCCUUAUUCUCUUUUCGUCUCUGUCUUGUGUAUUUAUCUUUAUAUCUUGUCAUUCUCUCUCCCGCCAUUUUCUCCCUCCCUCUCUCUCUCUCUCUUUACUCAUCUACCUAUUGCCUUAAAACAAUAUUUGUGGGAAAUAAGUGCAAAAGAAUUCUCAGAAAAUACGUGAUCAAGUAACAGUAUUUUUGUAUGUAUCACCGUGUCGAUAUCUGCUCGACAUGUCCAAAACAAGUUAUAUGAACUUGACAUGCCUAUUUUUUUUUCCAAAAUGCGUGUGUAGAUUUUCAUAUAACCAAGCAUGUCUGCAGAGAACAGAAGCGACGGUUGAAUGCAUUCUUAGCAGCUCCUCAUGAUGACCUUUGACCUACUUUGUGAAAAAGUGAAUCCCAAAACCCCAGUACAGUGACCUUCCAGUGACCAAACUGUAAUGAUCUGAACGCACUUCAUGGCAUUUUGAAGCUUCGUUUCAGGUCAUAAUAAUUUUUUAGAUGUGUAUUUUUUCAUGUUUUUUUUGUUAUAUAUAAACUUUUCAUUAUUUUUUAUUAUCAUUAUAUAUUGUACAUGAGGUUGUGCCAUACACCUAUACUGACCUGGUGUUUUUUUUCAUUAUCAUUUUCAAUAUGUGACAUAUGAUGUAACUUAUCGAUAGUUGGUUUGUUACAAUAAAAGCAUUUUAGUUAAAUAA